CGCUCUCAGCAGCUCUCAGUCUUCUCUCUGACGAAAGACGUCGUAACCGCGGUAACGCGUACGGCUAGGUUAAGGUUAGGUUUUUCGCUCAAAUCAACCAAUUGCGAGUAAACAAGAGCAAGAAUUUGACCGAACCUCCCAACGACAUCGAAGUGAACUCGUCAUUGCUUGUUAUCAGCAAUACAAAUAAAAACGUUCUUGAUGACCUAUUGUCUUUUUGCUGCGCACACGUGGUUUUAUCAAAAUUCUUCUCAACAAUGGUUUAUUACUUCAUAAGCGAGGUGGUGCAACCACCCAUUACAUUGUUUAUGGGAGCUGACAAGUUUGAAAAUGAAGAUCUUAUCAGAUGGGGCUGGCCCGAAGAUGUGUGGUUUCACGUUGAUAAAUACUCUUCCGCUCACGUCUACCUUCGACUCAGACAUGGUCAAACAAUAGAUGACAUUCCUAGUACGGUGUUGGAAGAUGCCGCACAAUUGGUGAAGGCGAACAGCAUUGAGGGAAACAAAACAAAUGAUGUUGAUGUGGUUUACACAAUGUGGUCGAAUUUGAAAAAGACACAAGGCAUGGAAGUUGGUCAGGUUGGUUUUCACAAAGACAAGGAUGUUCGCAAGAUUCGCGUUGCCAAGCGCAUAAAUGCCAUUAUAAAUCGUUUAACGAAGACGAAACGUUCGGAAGAAGUGAACUUCAGAGCCGAGAGAGAAGAGAGAGAUAGAAAUGAACGCGAGGACAAAAAGAAACUUCUAAAGGAGCAGAAAAAGUUGGAAAAGAUGGAAGAGAAGCGUUGCAAAGAAGAGGCAGAGAUUAGUUUUUCAGGAGUUACACUUCUCUAUUUAAUUCAUCCAACAUGACUUUGAACACAGAAAUGAGUGGCUACGAUUCGGACGACUUCAUGUGAUGAAAUUAAUAUUAUUUGCACCCGCGAUACGUGCCUAAUUCUCUACUGUUUCCCUCAAAGUAGAAAGAGAAAAAAUUCCAAGUAAGAGGUAUAAGGCUUGUAAAGUAUCUCUUUUAAUGAUUAUUUUGUUUUCUAUUAUUUAAGUACUGCAGUAUUAGGCAAAUUUUACUAUCAUCUAUAUCGAUGUGUAUGUGGUCCCUGUAAUAGAAGAUCGAAGAUUCUCUCAAUCAAAAUUAAAAAAAAAAAAAAAAA